AUGUGUCCCCUGAUAAACGUUGCAAUCAGUCAAAGCAACGUUACAGAUUCAGAUGAGUACCGGAAGCGAUCGAACACUCUUCUGUCGAAUCGAUCGGACAAAAGAUGGCCAAAACGGGAUAUGGGACCUCAAUUUGAGCUUAGAUGCUGCAUUGACCCAGAGAUCCUUCGAAUCAACGUGGAUCGUCAGUACUAUUUCGAAGAUGAGACUGUCCGGGUAAAUGGAAGUGUCUUCCACAAACGAAAUGACUAUAACAAUCUGUUGUCGAUCAUUCCGAGAGCAAAGUUCAAUGGUAUUCAUAUCAAAAUGGAGGAUGAUUGUCCACAAGGAGGCGAUGACGUUCGUUUGUGUCUUCUGAAAUCAUUGGGAGCACACAACCUCAGAAGUAUUCCAUGUGUUCAGUGCAAAGAUGAGUUGAAGGUUUACGAUAAGUAUCCACUGAUCGACGGAGUUUUCUACAUCUCCCCAGUUUCCCAAUUUGGACCAAAAACUGAAAUCUCUCUCGAUGGACGACGUUUCUAUCUUCAACAACUGUGUGCCAGAUGUCUUUGGUCGGAUUGGUCAUGCAAAAAUUGUGGAAAAGACGAGUGGUUCGACGGAAGAUCGUUCGUGUUGGGAACCCUCUAUUACUAUGAUAUUGUAUCUGCUGGUCGUUGCUGCCCAUCCGUCUGCCAGACAUGCAGACAACCACUCGGGGUUCGGGAUCAACUCGCUACUCAACUUGCUAAUGGUAACUAUGCUACCAUCAACGAACAGAUGACGUGCCAAGCCUGUGGAUCGUCAAAGUUCCAUCUCGUCCGCGACAUCAAAACUAUCCACGUGGCGCGAGGCCCAUCAUUCUGCGAAUAA